CACAGCUGGAGUGGGGGGAGGCCUGGCUCAAGUGAAAGCGAGCUACUGGGGAUAAUGGGCGACGUUUGAUUGGGAAAAGUUUCUCAGCCGCAGCCUGCCUAGCCUAUAUGCCUGUGCUGGAAAUCAACAAAGGCAGCCUACAAACUGGAAAGACCUAUCCAAGAGAUGGACGACGGCAGUGCCUACAUAGAGUUUGACGUGCCAGAGUUCAGCAACACCGUUCUCAACCAACUCAAUGAGUUGCGACUGCAGGGGAAACUAUGUGACAUCAUCGUUCACAUCCAGGGCCAGCCUUUCCGUGCCCACAAGGCCGUGCUGGCGGCCAGCUCACCGUACUUCCGCGACCACUCGGCCCUGGGCACCAUGAGCGGCCUGUCCAUCUCCGUCAUCAAGAACCCUGAGGUGUUUGAGCAGCUGCUGGCCUUCUGCUACACUGGCCGCAUGUCCCUGCAGCUCAAGGAUGUCGUCAGCUUCCUCACAGCAGCCAGCUUCCUGCAGAUGCAGGCCGUCAUCGACAAGUGUACCCAGAUCCUGGAGGGCAUCCACUCCAAGAUAAGCAUCCCCUCCAGUGCCACAAGCCCAGACAAGGAGGGCUCCCAGGCCAGCCGCAAUGGUGUCAAAGACAGCAGCCUCUUCAUCAACCCCACACAGAUCUCCCCCCCAUACUACUCCAGGCACAGCAUAGAGGCCCGCUCUGAGCUGGCUGCAGGGAAAGGCCAUGGCAGGGCGCGGUACCAGGAGGAGGGCCAGUCAGAUCGUGGCAGCAGUGACGGUGUGUCAGAGCAGGAGGCAGCCAUGGAGGGAGAGACAGAGCAGGUGGAGCUGAUUGGGAAGGACGGCCAGGUGACAGACGUGCACGUGAAGCUGGAGAAGGCAGAUAGGCCCAGCUACUCGGACAGCUCCUCGGCAGGCGACGAUGGCUACCACACAGAGCUGGUGGAUGGAGAGCAGGUGCUGGCUGUCAGUGUUGGCUCCUAUGGUCCCGUCAUCCAGCCAGCUGGCUACACUUACUCAGGCCUGUCGUCCCCCUGCUUUGUGAGCCUCAGCAGCUCCAGCCCCUCCCGCUCCAUGCUCAGUGGCUUCAGGGGCGGCAGAGCCAGAGCCAAGCGCCCCCCAGUGACCGUCCCAGCAGAGGUCCUGGGUCAUAUCAAACCGGGAAACACUGAGGACAGCAGCGAGGCGGUGUUGGGCCAAGUAGGUUUUGAGAACGAUGUGCGAGAGCGGAGCCUGCGCAGCCAGUGGUACCCCUACAACGAGAGGCUCAUCUGCAUCUACUGCGGCAAGUCCUUCAAUCAGAAGGGCAGCCUGGACCGCCACAUGCGCCUGCACAUGGGAAUCACACCCUUCGUCUGCAAGUUCUGCGGCAAGAAGUACACGCGCAAAGACCAGCUGGAGUACCACAUCCGCGGCCACACGGACAACAAGCCCUUCCACUGCCAGAUUUGUGGCAAGUGCUUCCCCUUCCAGGGGACCCUCAACCAACACCUGAGAAAGAAGCACUUGGGGGCCUCAGAGGGCCCCAACCACAUGGACUCUCCAGAGAGGACGGAGGGCAUCUCUGGUCCGAAAGACCCAGAGGAUGCUUCAGAGGGGAUGGCCUUUGAGACGCAGUAUGCUGAGGAGGCUCCGGCCAACGACAUGGAGGAGAGCUCAAAGUGCAGCCCUGAGGAAGCCGAGGCGUCCAGAUGUGAUUUUUAGGCCUUGGCUCUGGUUGAGGAAGCUUUAAGAUAUGUUCUUUAAACGUUUAGGAUUUGUUUUGGAACCGGCUCCUUUCAAUGUUGAACCUACUUUGUGCAUCCGUUUUCUGCCUGUCCAUCCAUUUUUGUGAAAGUCAACUGUUGCUUAAUGUAGAAGAAGAUGAGAAAGGGGUACUUUUUAAAAAUAGAUUUCAAAGGGAAAGGGGUAUCAACUUGCUAUUGAUAAGGUGCCCUCAAUAAUCAAGGCCUUUUGUUUUCGCUUUAAAAAAUAUAUAUGUUUUUAAAACAUAUUUACAGAGUAAUAUAGGCAUGUUGCAAUAAUUGAUAAUGUGAAAGCUCUGAUAAGAUGCUUAUCAUAUCAUGUUUUUACCUGACCUGUUUUUGCACAUGUGGCCAAAGGAGGUCACUUUACUCACAAGGAAUUAUUUUUCUGCCAAGUGCAAAGCUUUGUGUGAAAUAUCUGUUCAAUACCUCAUGAUACAACUACAUACUCAUAACAGACAGUAUUUUAGCUUUUAUGAAACUCCACCGGGUUCUACCUCAUAUCCAAGAACCUACCAAGAACAGAAGUGUUCACCGUUUUAAAAACAAACCGUUUUGCUUUAGGGUCUCUGUUUCAUUUGCCAAACUCUAGGCAGAACAUCCUCAGUCCCAACGCUAAGCCUUGAUACUUUAGACUAAUAUUCCUUGCUGAUUGUAUGAACGCUGGACCGUGUCCUUGUCCGUUGUUUCAUGGUCAGACAGGAUGUAAUGUGGGCAAAGAACGAAGGUGCUAUAUUGAUGUGUUUUAUGAAAUAUUAAGUGUGUUUGCAUUGAGCAUGCGCAAGGAGGACAGUGGAUAGAAUACAAUAAUAGAGGAUAAUACAUGACAUAUGAUUUCCCCUGUCUACAGCCAAGAUCUAUUUAAGCAAUACGGCCUGAGGUGGUGUGGUAUAUGGUCAAUAUACCAUGGCUAUAAGGGCUGUUCUUACGCAUGAUGCUCCGCGGAGUGCCUGGACACAGCCAUUAGCCAUGGUAUGUUGACCAUAUAUCACAAACCCCGAGGAGCCUUAUUGCUAUUAUAAACUCGUUACCAACGUAAUUGGAGCAGUAAAAAUAUAUAUAUUUUUCAUACCCGUGGUAUACGGUCUGUAAUACCAUGGCUUUCAGCCAAUGAGAAUUCAGGGCUUGAACCACCCAGUUUAUAAUUGUUUUUAGAACACAGGACAAAUUCAUCUUGUCUGUCUCUUUUCACCACUGAAGGUCAGUGCUUUUUUUAUAUUCUCUUCUUAAGCAAUAAGGCCCAAGGGUGGUGUGGUUUAUAGCCAAUAUUCCAACGCAAAUGGCAUUUUCUUAUGCACGACGCAAAAGAGUGCCUACAUACUGCCCUUAGCCAUGGUAUGUUGACCAUAUAUCACAAACCCCCGAAGUGCCUUAUUGCUAUUAUAAACUGGUUAUCAAUGUACUUUGAUUAGUAAAAAUACAUAUUUUGUCAUACCUGUGGUAUACGGUCUGAUAUACCACGGCUAUCAGCCAAUCAGCAUUCAGGGCUUGAACCACCCAGUUUAUAAUAUAUUUUAAUCCACAUGGGAUCAAUGAUUUGAUCCUCAUACACAGUGAAGUCAUUUGGAGUGUCUUCCAUUCUCUUGAUGUUUUAGUUUGUUAAUUCUCAACCUGUUUAUGUGAAACUCUUAGUUUAUUUGUGUGAAGAUUAUGCUCAGUGCAGAGUCCCACUCAUUAGCUUGGUACAGCAAGGGCAGUCCUGCCCUGAAUCUGCAUAGAAUCAAUAUGCAAAUAACAACAAAGGAAUAUCAGCCAUCUUGUCAUGGCAUUUCUUUAUUCACUCUCCAUUUCAUUAGGACUCAUGUUCUGCUCUCAUCCUCUCAUUCACUGUUUCUGCCCUUCCCUGAUCCGACAUCACUGUUGAGAUGAGGGAAUCAAAUGGGAAACUCAUUGAUGCCUCAUUAGAAAAUAAGCUCUUGAUGGUAUUUUGAGAGAAGCUUGUGAUCCAAAGUAAUGGUGCACUUUUUGUGUUUCAAAUAGAAUCGUCUGAAUGGAGACUUGGUGAUAGUUUUGUUCGUUUUUUAUGUCUUGAAGAUCAAUGGUGACCAUAAAUGUGUUCGGCACUAUGCUACUGCUUUUUAAUAGUCAGGAAUCAAAUUGGAAUUGGAAUUGCUUCGGUCAGUGUAAGCCCUUUUGACAACUAAUGUUGAUAGCUAGCUAUUUCAGUGUUAAUAGGGAAAUAAUCAUUGAAGGCACUGUUGGUCUUGAUCUGCUUGUUUCGAGAUUAGCUGGGCUGUCAGGGCCUAGCAGUUGGACGAAUGUCAUUGACCAUAUUUCAAAACGUUAAUUUCGUUAUUCAUAUAGUCAUAACUCACAAAUGCACAUAUGGUGGUGAUGGGGGGGGGGGGUAUGGUUGUCAGACCUAUAUUGCAUUUCAUGACUAAGCAUUGCAAUGCAGAAUGACAUGGCAUAGUACAGGCCCAGGGAUUAGCUGAACUGGCUUUCGACUUAUUCUAUGUCGAAAUGCUUCUAACUAUGGUAGUUUUGAGAAAUACAGGAAUAAAUUAUUGCGCCAACAUGCUAGUUCAGAGUAAGCUCUUUUUAAAGGCCCAGUGCAGUCAGUGAUUUUCCAUACCUCUUUGCCAAUAAGUUUUCCCUUCCCAUUCAGACCACUCCCAGACAUUCCUAGCAAAAUACUUGCUUGAAAGUUUGUUUGCUAAAAAGCCAAUUUUGUCCAUUUUUAUAAAAAUCUAUUACUUAAUUGUUACCCAUAAAUGAUUUGAUAUUGAUAUAAAAACAGCUGCAUUGGGCCUUUUAAGAUCAGGUGGAAAGCUGAUCCUUAAAGAGCACUUUUUGACAAGUCAUUUUUCCCCCUUAUCCCUCUUCUUGCUGAUUUGCUAUUUCAGCAGUGUGACGCUUUCCUUGUAUCCUAUGUACCUUUUUUUUUAGUUUUUACACAUGAUCACAUAACUACAGUAAGCCUUCCAAGGUGGUAGAAGGCUCAAAUAAAAAUGUUAAUUGUCACAUGGUUCACUGUUUAAAAGUGUCCUGAAUACACCAGAGGUCCAGGUAGGUGUGAAAGAGCAUUUCCUCUUCAUUUAAUGUAGCACCACCAUUUAUGAUACCUGUUAUUUUUUCGGUUGUUAGUGCCCUUUAAAAAAAAACGUUUAUUUUGCAGUGAUUUUUGUUUUCAUAUUGGUAUUGAGCAGUUUUGCAUGCAUGGCCAGUGUUUUACCCUAUAUUUAUUUAGUAGUGUCGGCCACUUCAAAAUAAUAGUUUAUAUUAUGACACUUCCACUGUGGGGCUCUAUUUGUCUCUGCAGUUUGAAGGAAGUAGAAGGUAGUUUUGCAAACCAUUGCUAACUGGCGUUAGCACAAUGACAGGCAUAUGCUAGCUGUUGAGCUAUUGCUAGUUAGGAAUCUUCCUUUAAACAGCAGAGUGUCUUUGCAGAAAUACAUAUGUGUAUUUCUGCCCAGACAUGCUUUUAAAGUGAUGGUGCGAGAUUUUGCCAAUUAAGCACUUUUUCUACAUACCCAGUCAGAUGAACUCAUGGAUACUAGUUUUGUUUCUGCAUGCAGUUUAUUAAAGGAAGUUUCUAACUAUUGUUGGCGCAAUUGCUACCUAGCGUAAGCGCAAUGACUGGAAGUCUAUGGGAACAGCUAGUAUGCCUGUCAUUGUGCUAACACUAGUUGGCGAUGGCUUGCAAAAACACCUUCUACUUCCUUCAAAUUGCACGCAGAUACAUAAAUAUAGCCCCACAGUGGAGGUGUCAUAAUAACCAUAAAACCUAGCUGUCAAAAGAGGGAAAUGGUUCCAAUCGUUUUUCCAUCAUUCAUUUUCCCCAUAGGGAAUUUUAUAAACACUUAAUAUAAGGGCUGUUUCUCGUGUAGGUUUAUCCUGGUGUGACGUUUUGAUAAUGUAAAUCUUUCUCUCGGACAAGGAGACUUUUAUCAAUAUAUUUGGCUCUAUUUACUCUGAUUCAAAAAAUUGAAUUUGCUUCAAAGUAGACAUCAUGCAAAACUACAUCUCUGCAAGCUCCUGCACUUCGUUUCUUGCUGAUAACUUUGCGAACAGGUAUAGUGAAUUUAAAUCUUGCGUAGUCUUGAGACAGUUAACAUAAUUGUCCAUUUAAAGAAAUGUAGCUGUUUUUUGGAUUACAUUUAACUAACUUUAGAUUGUUAAUCCAGAGAUUCUUACCUUUGCCUCGAUUCGGCAGUCUUGUCCAGAUCAUCAUGGCAUUUGUAGUUCUUUAUGAUAGCCACAUUAGCAUCUAUUUAGCAUUUCAUUUUUGUGGGGUAAAUACAGACAAAUAUAUUGAUCAAGUCGCCUUGUCCUAGAGGGAUUUACACUUGGUGAAAAAUGAUUGGAACAAUUUCCCUGUUUGAUCUCUAGGUUUUAUGGUUAUUAUGACUCAUACUGUGGUACUCUAUUGUAUCCACGAAUUAAUCUGCCUGGGUAAGUAGAAGGGCUUAGUUGCCAAAAUCUUAUCCCUUUUAAGAUCAGUGUGACAAAUUCAAGCUGAUAUUUGUAGUGAGCAGAGCGAGCACAGCCACCACAUGCUCCUUAUCUCCCUACAGUGAUGUAGUGGCGCUCGUCAAGUCUAUUUCCGAUGGUGUCAACAUAAUUACAUUUUCAUGUGUUUUGCAGUAGAAUGUCUUGAAGUCAUCAAAUUAGGUUCUCACAGCCAGCAAAGAAAACCAGCCCACCCCCCUGCUUCCUUUGCCACUGGUGUUGAAAGAAAAUACUAGGGGAAACACUACUGUUCAUAUCGUUAGGUCACCAAUAGUCUUCUCUAUGCCCACAACACAAUGGGUUCAUUGUUUUGAUGUCCAUCGUCUUGUUUCACCAGAUGCCAUGGAAACCAAAAGGGUCCUCAGAUUUAGUGAAUUCUGAUUUGCUAUCGUCUUGUUGCUUGUCUGUUUUUGAAGAUCAGUGACUGGCCCUUUCCCUUUGUUUUUCCCUGUUUUUUUAUUUUCUCUCACAUAACAUGCUUGACAGUGAUGGGGCUGAAAGUCAGCCACGAUCUAUUUUCCACUGUCUGAAUGCCUACUAGGCAGACGUCUAGAAUGUAAUGUUCUGUGUGGUAACCGUCUUUGUAAAGUCUUAUAACCCUGCUCAUAUCGAAUCUGUCCCCCUACCGAUUUAAGAGGGAAUUGGCCUCGUCACAUAAUUGAAUCCUUCUCAUGAUGUCUCGCGUUAUUAGAACAGGGGCAGACUACUAUAGGUUAUUGUGCCAUGAGUCCAACAGACGGAUAAUGAUGGAUAAUCCUCCAUAGAAAACAAAUACUGAAAGACAAAGGUCUGUCUAUACAUUUAGCCAACUAGAGGCAAGAUGAGUUUCCUACAGAAGAUGUAGCCUGGUUCCUAUUUUCCAAUUCCUUUCUAUUUCCAACUGAGUCCCACAGUCUUGAGCAUGUUGCCGGAUAUAUUUAAUAUCAUGAAAGAAAUUGUACAGAAAUUGAGUUUGUUUAUUUAUAUAAUUGUAAGAUGCCAACCAUAUCAAUCCUAGUAAUAUUUUGAAGAACAAAGGCUUUUGAAUCGUGAUCUGUGCCUUGCCACACAAACUAUAUCCCUGGCUCUAUGGCACUUACAGUGGACUUCUGUUUUGUGCCUGCCUUCAAUGUAAAGAAUGAAAGGGGUCAAGGGGAAGGUAUAUCUAUUGAUAAAAUACUGUUGAUUUCACUUUAAUUUGGAAAAAUCUUUCCUGUGAUUUAGUUUAUGCAACAAUUAAAUGUCUUAAAGGGAAUGAGCACAUAAUUGAGAAUCGUUCAGCAGUGAGGAGAAUCAUGUCUUAGAUAUAUGCCCGAGUUGAUCUCUUAAAUUAUGUUUACAUGCCACCUCCAUUUUGUUUCAGCCGUACUUAUUUAGUCCUACUAUUUCCUUGUCAGACCCCAUUUGAUAUCCAUUAAUAAUGUGAUGAAUUGUGUUUAUGGUAAUAUGGUGACUUGCAUGGCAUCUAAUCACAGUCGUGAGCUGUUUUGUUCCUCUCUCCAGAGGCUGUUUUGUAUGUUUACUCUAGCCUUUCUGUUAGCACUGAGGACAAUCGAAGGCAUCGCCUUCAGUCUCGGAGAGCGCGAGAGAGGAGAGAGUACAGCUAGACUCUUCCCCUCUCAAGAUUCCUUUUGUAACAUCUGACCAGGGGGGACAGCUGCUUGAGAAUGGGCAGAUUUUAAAAACAUGACAUUUGUAGAGUGAAAAAUGGAAAGAUUACCCUGUUGUAUUGCACGUCACUCACCCACAAAAUAGUUUUUGAAAUGCCGAUGGCUGGUUUUGGAACACAACAUUAGUUAUUGUGUUUGUCUCAUCUGGCAUGCACUUAGAAAUAACCUGUCUUUGAUACAUUCAUAUUCCAGAGAGGAUCUACUCAUAAUUUGUCUCCACCUCAAGGGACUCUAUUACUUUAUUUUAAGGGACCUUUUUACCCUUAAAUGGUGCUUAUAGACUGGUCUGUUUAUAGAUUUUGAUAUACAAAAUACUAUACACUUGCAUAUUUACAUUAUAGGGGGGGGGGGGGGCAAUUUGUGUAAAUGCUUUUAUCAACUUUGGUUACUAAUGUCACACCACUCACCAACCAACUGAACCUGACACUUAUUUGCGUUCACUCUGUUUGUUCAAAACUAUUCACAGAAAAGGUAGGAGGGAGAUGCUUGUGGGCCAGAAGUAAUCAGAAGGAAGUGUUUACAGGGAAGGCUGUUUGACUACUUUUUGAAUUUUUGAACAGACUAACUUCAGGUAGUUUAUGAACACUGAUAUAGACUUUAACAAAAUCUGAAAGUCUUCCAUAGCUUCUCUCAGCCUUUCUCACCUGUGUAAUAUACAAAAGCAAUAACCUUUUUAAAGGGGAUGUAUUGUUAUCAGUGAGCCUAAUCUAAUUCUGGGCCUGUCACAUCUCAACUAAACAUUGAAUGUCAGGGAGCUAUCGAAUUGAAGUAGGACAAGGACAAUUUGAUAUUGAUAUUUUUUUAUAUAUUUUGUGAGUCUUUGGACAGGUUGAGUGAAAAUGCUCAUUAGGUGAGACUGGUAUUGCUGGUCUUCUAAGUACGCAUCCAAAGCCUAUGACUGUCAAUUAACUGCAAUGCAAAAGCUAAGCAUGUGAUUCAGUCAAACUCAAUGGCACUGGUUUUAAAGUUGCACCUCCAUCUGUAUCAAAUACUGAAAGGGAUUGUGGGCUGCAAAGCCACAUUGGGAGUGGCGACCUGUGUUCAUGCUAAAAUGUAAAGGUCUCCCCUUUCCCCUCGUGUACUGAGACUGAAGUUUCAGCUGGUCAGAGUGGAAUUGGUCAGUGCUGCUUUAACUACACGUUAAGACUGGCCUGUUUCCUUUGAUGUGAAACUCCUUGGUCUCUGACAUUUGGUGGUGUCUGGAUAUCAUGUAUUUUGUUGAUAUGGCACAAAAAAAAUAAGUAGAACUCAGGGUUUAUACUAGUGUUAUAAAGUGGUCACUGGGCAUACAGCUCAUAUGCGUAGAAUUCAAUGUGCACUUCUCUUCAGGUGGGGAAAUAAAUCCUCAGUCAGUGGUUCCCAAACAUUCUGCCUCAAGGGUCUCACUGAACCCAUGUUUUCCGUUCCCCCUCUGCAUGCGUGUGACAAGCACAGAGGUUCAAUGUUGAGGAACAGGGGAGACCUUUUAGUUUGGCCAGGUGUCAGUCCACCUCCCUCUAAUCCACUCUACAUACAACCCAACUGUGAACCUCAGAACUCUACUGUUAUGUACAACUAUGAAGUAAAUUAAGCUAGCUAGAGCUGAACUAUUAACUUGCCAUUUAUGAAUUUAUUUUAUAGCAUGAAAUAUAUGAUAUAUUUAUUCAAAUUAUAUUUUACUCAUAAUCAUUCUGUGCUGCUUUUUGGGGGUUCUUACGCUUGUAAAUUGCUUUUUUAUGAUACAAAGAAAUGUCAAUAGAAAAUGCGUUUGUUUGUAAAAUAAAGAUGCUGAUUUGGCA